UGCAGGAGCCGGACCCAGGGACCCAGGGACCCAGGGACCCAGACCCAGGGAGGCGAGGAUCAAGGCAGCGAAUUUCGGGGACACCCUAAAGACAUGAUGAGUAAAAUGGUGAGCACGCUCCUGUGUGUGCUGUUGCUGUGUGGAGUGGCCUGCACUCUGGCCAGCCAGGACAUCCACACCCGAUUCAGAAGAGGAGCCAGAUCUUCCCAAGCGACCUGCAGGGACGAGAAGACGCAGAUGGUUUACCAGCUGCACGAGUCCUGGCUGCGGCCCAUGCUCAGAGGCAGGCGGGUGGAGUACUGCUGGUGCGAUGGCAACAGAGCGCGGUGCCACUCGGUGCCCGUCAAGAGUUGCAGUGAACCGAGGUGCUUCAACGGGGGGACGUGCUGGCAGGCUCUGUACUUCUCCCACUUCGUCUGCCAGUGCCCCGAAGGAUUCACUGGGACACGCUGUGAAAUAGAUGCCAGGGCCACGUGCUAUGAGGACCAGGGUGUCACCUACAGGGGCACGUGGAGCACGACAGAGAGUGGAGCUGACUGUGUCAACUGGAACAGCAGCACACUGGCCUGGAAGCCCUACAAUGGGCGGAGGCCAGACGCCGUCAGGCUGGGCCUCGGGAACCACAACUACUGCAGAAACCCAGAUCGAGACUCAAAGCCCUGGUGCUAUGUCUUCAAGGCGGGGAAGUACACCUCGGAGUUCUGCAGCACACCUGCCUGCUCCAAGGGUCAAAAUGGGGACUGCUACUUUGACAAAGGGUCAGCGUACCGUGGCAGGCACAGCCUCACCACAUCUGGGGCCUCCUGCCUCCCCUGGAAUUCUGUGAUCCUGAAAGGCAAAAUUUACACAGCGUGGAAGAGCAACGCCCCGGCUCUGGGCCUGGGCAGACAUAACUACUGCCGGAACCCAGACAAUGAUGCCAAGCCCUGGUGCCACGUGGUGAAGGACCGCAAGCUGACCUGGGAAUACUGCGAUGUGCCGCAGUGCUCCACCUGCGGCCUGAGACAGUACAAGCAGCCUCAGUUCCUUAUUAAAGGAGGAUUCUUAACAGACAUCACCUCCCAUCCGUGGCAGGCUGCCAUCUUUGCCAAGAACAGGCGGUCCCCAGGAGAGAGGUUUCUGUGUGGGGGAAUCCUGAUCCACUCCUGCUGGGUCCUGUCCGCUGCCCACUGCUUCCAGGAGAGGGUCCCUCUCCAUCACCUGAAGGUGAUACUGGGCAGAACCUACCGCUUGAUCCCCGGAAAGGAGGAGCAGGAAUUCGAAGUAGAAAAAUACAUUGUCCACAAGGAAUUUGAUGAUGACACGUACAACAACGACAUCGCUCUGCUGCAGCUGAAGUCAGACUCACUGUCACGCUGUGCCCAGGAGAGUGUCGCUGUCCGCACCGUGUGUCUCCCCCCACCCAGCCUGACGCUGCCCGACUGGACGGAGUGUGAACUGUCUGGCUAUGGCAAGCACGAGCAGUCUUCUCCUUUCUACUCGGAGCAGCUCAAAGAGGCUCACGUCAGGCUGUACCCAGCCAGCCGCUGCACGUCACAGCAUUUGUUUAACAGAACUGUCACCAGCAACAUGCUGUGUGCCGGAGACACCCGGACCGGAGGGAACCAACCCAACCUGCACGAUGCCUGCCAGGGUGACUCAGGAGGCCCCCUGGUGUGUUUGAAGGACAACCGCAUGACCUUGGUGGGCAUAAUCAGUUGGGGCCUCGGCUGUGGGCAGAAGGAUGUCCCAGGGGUAUACACCAAGGUCACCAACUACCUAGACUGGAUUCGAGACAAUAUGCGACCAUGACCAAGAGCCCCUGAAGCCCGUGAGACCCUCCUUCUUCCCCUCAGAAGGCCUGCGCGGGAGGGACGCCGCUUCCCACGGACCCCCCCACAGAACAGGAGAGAACCUGCAGACAGAGGGAAGAGUGUGUGUGUCCACAGACCCUUCCCGUUUUGGAAGUUCUCAGGGGUUAAGGUCUGAUUUCAGAAUAUAUUCUGUCAGACGGGAAGACAGAUAGAAGCCUGGUGAGCCCCCCGGCAAGACCAACUAGAGAGACAACUGGUGAGCCACCUGGUUCUCAGCCCAAAGCCGAUCUCCUCCUCUGUCACUGUGAGCCACUUUGGAAAUGGGCCCCCCAAAAGAACAGCAUGUUUUCAUAGUUAAAAAAUAAAACAAACCCAGAACCCUAGAUUCUUCAGGAAAGACACGUGUUAGAAAUAGGAUGUACAUCUGAGGUUGCAGGAGCUUACGGGGCUACAGAGGGGCCGGGCUGCCCAGCGCGUUCUGUCCCUUGGAGCACCCCUCAAACCUGGGCUUCUCCAUCCACGGCUCCUGGAAGCUGUUCCUUCUGUAUACAGUGUAAAUCUUCUUUAUGAAUUUUAUAAUAAAAUAACUACAACUAGGCUUUAGCAUAUUUAUAUCAAUCUGUUGUAGUUUUUACUUUCUGUUGCUCUAACCCUGUAUUAUACUGUACUUAAAUAAUAAAUUCAGAUAUAUUUUUCACAAAA